UCUGAGCCCUUCAAGAAGCCUGUCACAAAGCGAGAAGCUCCUGAUUAUCACGCGAUUAUCAAAAAGCCCAUAUGCCUCAAUGAUGUUAAAAAGAAGCUUGACAAGAACGAAUAUGAAGGAAAUGUUAGAGAGUUCAUGUCGGACAUGGCGCUUAUUUUCAUUAAUGCGAUGCAGUACAAU